UUUCUCCUCUAUUCAGGAUAUCCUUUUGCCUUGUUCCAGCGCUAUUUCCUCUUCCAGAAGGAGACCUACCUCAUCCAUCUCUACAAUGUGUUCACAGGACUCUCCAUUGCUUACUUCAAUUUUGGGAUGCAGUUCUUUCAUUCCCUGCUAUGUGUCCUAGUCCAGUUCCUCAUACUGAGAUUAAUGGGUCGCACAAUCACUGCCGUCUUCACCACGUUCUUCUUUCAGAUGACAUACCUUAUGGCUGGGUAUUACUUCACAGCCACAGAGCAUUAUGACAUCAAGUGGACAAUGCCACAUUGUGUCCUGACACUCAAGUUGAUUGGUCUGGCCAUCGAUUACUAUGAUGGAGGAAAAGAUCCGGAGUUGCUGACCCCUGAGCAGCGGCGCUUUGCUGUCCGGGGAGUUCCCACCUUGCUGGAGGUCUCAGGAUUCUCCUAUUUCUAUGGUGCCUUCAUGGUGGGGCCUCAGUUCUCCAUGACAGACUAUCAGAAACUGGCAAGGGGUGAGAUGACUGACGUUCAAGGCCAGAGACCCAAUAGUUUUGUGCCUGCUCUCAAGCGCCUGAGUCUGGGUCUCUUGUUCCUAGUGACCUAUACCUUGUCAAGCCUGUACAUCUCUGAUGAAUACCUCAUCUCAGAUGAUUAUAUGGAGAAGCCUUUCUGGUUCCGUUGUGGUUACAUAUUGAUCUGGGGCAAAAUUAUACUCUACAAAUACGUAACUUGCUGGCUCGUUACGGAAGGCGUCUGCAUCCUUGUUGGUCUGGGGUACAAUGGGAAGGACCAGAAUGGAAAGCCUUUGUGGGAUGCCUGUGCCAACAUGAAGGUCUGGCUGUAUGAGACAACACCUUUGUUCACAGGGACCAUUGCUUCUUUCAACACCAACACCAAUGCUUGGGUGGCCCGCUACAUCUUCAAGCGUCUGAAGUUCCUGGGUAACAAACUGCUGUCACAGGCACUGGCCCUGUUCUUCCUGGCCGUUUGGCACGGGCUGCACUCUGGCUACCUGGUGUGCUUUCAAAUGGAGUUGCUUAUAGUCAUCGUUGAAAGACAGGCCAUAAACCUUGUUCGGGACAGCCCUCCCCUAAGCGCUUUGGCCUCCAUCACUGCCUUGCGGCCCAUCUUCUACGUGCUGCAGCAGACUAACCACUGGAUGUUCAUGGGUUACUCCCUGGUGCCGUUUUGCCUUUUCACCUGGGACAAGUGGAUGAAGGUGUACAGGUCUGUGUAUUUCCUUGGCCAUGUGAUGUUCUUCACCUUAUUACUGGUGUUGCCUUACAUUCGCAGAUUAAUUGUGCCACGAAAAGAAAAGCUAAAAAAAGCAGAAUAACAGCCAAAAGAUUAUACCACCUGUGCAUUUGUAGGAGUCGAUUUAACACUCCAGAAGCAAAGCAUCACCUGCCACGUUUGCUGUGUUGAAGUAUGACUUUUUGUCAACGCAAGGAGGGGGAAAGGGAAAGCACAGGGUCAGAGACCCGAAAGGAGGGGAACGGAGUGAGCCUCCUUCCAGAUCCUCCACCUUCUGUAUGUUGCCUUAUCUCUCUGCCGCCCUCCGAGGACACUC